AUGCCGAAUACAAUUGGAAAGAACGAUCGAGUUCCUUCCCUAUUUCGUGGCGAAGGGUACAGUAACACUGAAAUCGUUUCUCGCCUACGCAAACACUAUGAUGCUGAUGUAUACAAUGCUUCGAUUGACCUCUUGAAAAAGCGGCACUCUCAGUGGGGGCUGAAGUCCGCUUGUGGGAAAGCCCAUGCCACCACAAGUCCUGCAAUUGAGCGAGUGCGAGCACGCUUCCACAAGCAGGCAUGUUUUACGUGCAGCGGCGUGAUUCUGGGCAGCGUUGUUCAGGCAGAAUGUAUGACGCUGGAUCUAUUCAACAAUUUUGCGCACACAGACACACACAAUACACACAAUCACUCGUUCGCAUACACACCUCACCCUAGGGACUGGGUGCGCACGGCACGUAAGGAAUACGUUCAAGAUUAA